UAGUAGCUAGCGGACCGUACAUUUUAAUCAGUCGAUUCAUGACGCUCGUCCAGUUAACAUCUCCACUAAAACAUUCUCCCUCAACUAUUGAUAGUCAACUAUCAAUAGUUGAUAGUUGAGAGAGAAUGUUUUAGCGGAGAUGUUAACAAGACGAGCGUUACGACUUGAUUGAUUAAAAUGUAUGAUCCGCUAGCCCUACAGGGCUCGACAUUUGACAGUUGACUAUUAUGUGAUUUCACAAUUUUACCAUAACUUUGAUAAUUGAAUUUAUGUAAUAAGGACUACUGCGAUUGUGGCGAUUGUAAUAGCAAUUACACUCAACUACGAAAUGAGUGGAAAUAUUGCGAAAAAUGUAGUUUAGGAAAGUGCGAGUCUAUUGCUAACGCGCCUGCCGCGUCAAUCUCCUCUUGUUUUGUGUUACAAUGGAAACUUUGACUCAAGAUCGAUAUAAAGUGAGAGUUCAUUCGAAAAUACCGACUAACAAUCACCGACGAUGACAGAAAGAGGAUCGAACUGGCUGUGGAGCUGAAAAUGCAACAAGUACAGAGCCAAUUUUCAGAAACUGCCGUGGAAUAUCUUCGCGAGAUGACACAGAAACUGAUUAGUGAUCCAAACCUGAUCGCAGGAAUUUUUGCUAAGAAGAAAAUUAACCCAAGUAUUGUGGCGCAAGUCGAAUCACUUAUGGACGAAGCUAAUGCACUCAAGGAACUCAAUCAACGACCCGACAUGAGCGAUGUCAUAGGACCAGAUGAAUACGAUUCAGAGGCAGAGGUGACUGAAUACACCGACAAGGAUUUGCUGAAGAAAAAUGAUAAGAAAAUGUUUUAUCAGUCUGGUGGGUCUUAUCGACACGUACGCGAUGCAUUGGCCCCAACGCUUGAAGUUCUCGAAGUGAACCAUAUGCCACCAAAUGCAGCUUACAUUGGCACAAAAUAUGCAAAAAUUCAUAAAGUUCACCGACCAGCAAUAUCUAUGCACAAACGUCAUCAUCGGAAUUUACCAUCGACGUUCAACUCGGACGAGUACAGUACACUACUAAGGAAGAUAAUGAAAAAAAGCUUCUCCCAUACUCUCGUGGCAGAGAUAGGAAUCCUCUGGUUGCAUAAAUUGAUAAAUGAGUGCUUCGCUUCAGUGAAACAAUUGAUGAAGUAUUGUCGAUGGGGACAUGAGUACCAUCCGCGUGAAGCGAAAGGAGUUUUCAGGGAACCUCUGAUUAAUGGAGAGGAAUAUUUGUAUUUACAAGACGUCUUGGAGGAAAUGAUUGAAAAUCAGUUCAAUGGAACGAAUUUCAAUCUUCUGGAAAAAUGGAUUCCUGCAGAUGCUACCGAUCGAGAUGAAUUGCUCGAUUUUCUCAAAAGAGUGCCCGAAAAUCAUCUUGUGAAAAGGGGAAAGCAUGCAGACGCAAAGUCAACGUUAUCGGCACACCAGAAAAAAAGAGUACGAAAACGGAAGAGAAUCUUUUCCGUAGCCAAGAGAUCAUCGAAAAAUAAAUGUUCCAAAACCGAAUAAUAAGUCGAAUUACUUAAAUAAAGUGUCCUUUACUUGCAAAAGAUUAUUAAAUAACCUUUUGUUGUUAUUUAUU